GUACUUGACGGAGACACGACGCAAACACCUGGCCGAUGAGCUAGGCCUGACGGAGUCCCAAAUCAAGAUCUGGUUUCAGAACAAACGGGCCAAAAUCAAGAAAUCGGUGGGAGUUAGAAACCCAUUGGCUUUGCAGCUGAUGGAACAGGGUCUGUACAACCACACAACAGUGAAGAGUAGCGAUGAAUCCAGUUAG